AUGGCGACGAAGACGAAACACAAUCCGCUCAACGCUCCUCAUACCGCGGGCAUCUAUGCCGACCUGUCCAUCGACGGCCCUGACAUUGGCACACUAGUUGCGAUUGUCGACCGCGCAAAGAACCUGCCCAACCGGAAAACCAUCGGCAAGCAAGAUCCCUAUUGUGCAGCGCGCUUGGGCAAGGAGGCCAAGAAAACAGCAACGGACAUACGAGGCGGACAGACCCCCAAAUGGGACCAAGAGCUACGCUUUAAAGUCCACGAGGGCCCAGACUAUCUGCAGCUUAAAAUCUCCGUCUUUACAGACGACAAGCGAACAGACUUGAUUGGCGAAGCAUGGAUCGACCUCAAGGACAUCAUUGUGCCUGGCGGCGGCCAGGGCGAUAUCUGGCAAACAUUGACUUGCAGGCAGAAGUAUGCCGGAGAGAUCAGACUGGAGAUCACGUACUACGACACCAGGCCGAAACCAGAGAAACUCGUAGCCAAACCACGCGCGCAGCAAGCGUCGGCAGAGGGAGAGAAUGGGUCUGCGAGGCAGAGGGGCCCCGUGAAGCGACGUCCGUUGCCCUCAGACCCCGUAACUGGCGAGGCGCCGCCGCAACCAGCAGCCAGUGCACCGCUUCCUGCGCCAGUUGCACCACCUCCUGCGCCAGUUGCACCACCUCCUGCGCCAGUUGCACCACCUGUGCAAGCACCGGCAUCCGCGCCACCACCACAAGUGCCUGCUCCAAUGGCACCACCGACCCAAGAACAGUACCAUACGCCUCCUCGCACGCACGCGAAACAUGUAUCGCACUCGGGGUACGUGGCCAAUAACUCCCCACUGCAGAGCGUCGAGUAUCAGACGCCACCGCCGGCACCUCGGUAUCAGCACCCUGAUCAGUACGCGCACCAUCACUCAAGCUCUCGAGUCGAGCCCCUGCGUCAACCACAGCGCCAAUACGACGAGAGGGACCACAGCCCUCGGGGACAACCUCUACCGGAGCACUACGACUUUUUGCCAUCUGCUCGAGAUGACCAUCGGCACCAGUCAGCCCCCGCGGAAUACGAUCGCCCUCCACCGCCGCCGGCGCAUCGCUCAGCCUUCCCUGGCGGACAUGAGAUGGUGCACAGCCGCAGCUUUGAAGCGCCUGGACAGAGAGGAUCUCUUAUGGAGAUGAGACACGAUGUCCUGAGGAACGAGGCCCAUCGCCAUUCCAUUGCCGCUCAGCCUGUCUCUCGCCCGGUCUUCAGACCAUAUGAUUCGGCACCUGCCACCAACGCUAUUCAGCUGCCUGCUGCACCGGCUUAUGAAGAAGUGCAGGCAAGGCAUCAGUCUUACGAUGCGAGCUACGACACGCGUCCGCGCUCGAUGCAAGCAAGUGUGGAAGAUGUGCCCGAAUCUCCCAAUUACGGUCAAGGAUACCGCCGUAGCAGCCGGGCGAGACCCGAGGACUCCAAUUACGACCCUGCAUCAAGCCCUGCGCCCCUGAACUUGAGUCGCUCACCCGGGCCCUCGCCUAUGCAUCAGUCCCCCGGCCGUCCAGACUACGACGAUCCACGCCUCGCGUUGGAACUGGCGGAUCGUAUUCAAGAGGACCGCCGCCAAGAUCGACGAUAUACCACUCAAGUGUCGGGAAUACCACCCCGAGGCCGCUAUGGGUCAGAGCCGCCACCGCCUACCCAAGCAUACGGCAAUGACGUGAUGGUCCCUCACGGCUACAGCCAUCCUUCACAACCAUCUCCCGAUCGAAGACACGGGUCGGAUGUUACCUACAGUAAUGUGCAAGAGCAGCGCAUGGUGCACAGGCCCUCGCCUAGUCCGCCUGGGACAUCGCACCAUGUUAUCAAGCGCAAGUCAGUGAGCCCUGCUCCUCCACCAUCCGACGCAAGGAGGAAGUCGGACGUUCCGUUUGGGCCAGACUCGUUCGACGCGUUCAACACGACGAUUGACAACUCGCGCGAGGAGGCGGCAGGCCCAGAUCCCAAUGCGAAGAUCGUGAUGCACGAUGGCAGGGAGGUCGACCCAUCGGACCACCUUCCGGUAGAGUCAUGGGCGCCCGAGCCCGAGCAGAAGCCGCAGCAAGCCUCACCUGAGCCUCGCUCCCGGCCUGCGCCGAACGGUGCGCAACCCAUGCCCACCAGCGGCAGGCGUCAGCUCCGGAUCGCCGCGCGUCCGGCCCCGCAACCGGCAGCGGCGCCUCCUCACCCGUCCUACGGACCACAGGAGCCCCACACGCCUCCGACGACGACAGGUCGGAACCGCCUGCACAAGAAGACGAGGUCUUCUACAGCCCAUUCUCCCGCCGCCAUGGGCUCAAGCCCCUUGGCUCUGAUGGAGAAUCACCAGGACAGGCACAGCCCCUACACGCCCACCCGAGGCUCUCAACGACCGCCUCAUCACUACGACUAUCCCAAUGAGAACCAGUACAGUGCGGGGCCGCCCAUCCCAGCAAAGGUGCCUAUGCAUCAGUCGGGGGGCGCCAUGAUGAGCGGUGCCAAUGGCGCAGACAUGGCGCUGAUGCAUGAGAUGCAGAACAUUGACCUUGGGACGGGCCGUUCACGUCGACGGGGAGGAUAUUGA